CCGGGGGAACUUCAGUUGGAUUUGGAGCUUGGUCAUCCAACUGGAAAGGCCUACUUAGGCGUGUCUUGUGAAUGUGAUUUGCAUAACAGUUAAAGCCCUGCUGACGUCAAGGACUCCCUGAAGCUCCAGGUCAGAUCUAGUCCCGGAAGUAGUUCCUGCCACACAACCGUCCCACAAUUGCCCCACCAAUCUUGCUUCCUACAUGCCUCCAGCUCAUCCCUUGCCCUUCUCAUCUCCUCCCCCAGAGUUCCACUUCCUCCUCCUCCUUUUCACCUUUCAUCUCCUAUCUUGUAGGGCUCUCAGAAUGGGAAUCAGAGGUGGAAACAUCAUAGGACAACUUAUUUUAAAGUGAGGUGAGUUUCACUGCCAUCACCAACUUCCUGAUUCUGUGAGUGUCCACUGUAUGUGGGGAGCGGCAAACCAUUUCUCACUCCAACUGAGGUAACAUCCCUGAUGCUGAACAUGUUUUAUCCAAAGGAUGGAUUUACCAGAGAGUCAUAUUUGAACCAGAAGUUUCACUGGGCAGUUUUGACUAAUUCUAAGGGAGACCUCUGUCCAGGGUAAGUUUCUCAGAGAAAAAGGGUCAACCUCUGGGGGAGGCUUUGGGAGCCAUCAGUGUGGUCACCCAUGGCCUCAUUCUGACAUCCAAAUUGUCCUGGGACCCUCCACUUAGGGUGGGGGCAGCCCCACAUUUGAACCACCCUCCGCUCCCACGCCUAACCUCACACUCUUAGCUGUUUCACUGAUGUUGCAUCAGGGAGGGUGAUGAAAUCGGUGUCAGUGGAUUUUACCCAUGGAUGCAACAGGCUGAAGGACUGGCCGGGGUCACUGAACUAUGCACCUUCAGCUAUCCAGAACUCUUAGACCUCUUAGCCAUGGUGAAAGGGCUGGAAUAUCUAAGCUGGACUUCUUGCCCUUGCUUACACUGGUGUCUCAAAAGAACCAUCACUUGCAUCCCACAGGGCCCAUGACCCUUUGGGCCACUAAGGUUGAAGAAUCAGAUGGUUCUUGGCAACAAUUCCCUCCCUCCAACAGUCCUCCUACCCUCCACAGUGAGGCCGGAAGUGGGGGAGCCGUAACACUUUAUAUAGCAGUAUGUGGCUGCCCAGUUCCCAAAGUGCCUUCAUGUCUAUUCUCUCCCAGUGAGAACGACACUGUUACCAAUGAAGAAAAAGAAGCCCUCUUAUCUUCAGAGGGUAUCUGGUGGGAACUAAACUUCAUUGCCAUUUUAUUGGGAAAUAAAUGAAUGCUUAUGUUUUGAUUUUUCCUUAGGCAAGGGGAGGUAAGGACAUUAGGUGGGGGGGGGGGGGGGGGGGUAGUUUUGAGAGGCAGAAAGAUGAGGAAAAGGUUAAACAGGAAGGAAUUUGAGACUAGACUCAUUUAAAUAUUCAUUACUCCACCCCACCCCUUCUGGAGCCAUUUCAAUUCCUGGAGAGCAUUACACAUAUGUCCUAUCCCAGGCCUCCAGCCACAGCAACCGCACGAGUCAUUUCCCCUGUUGCUGAGGCUGCUUACCUGGGCUCCCCACAGCGGGGAUGAUGCAGGGAGGGGAAUCCCACCUGCUGUGAGUCACCUGCUAGUAUAAAGGGCGGUGUUACAAUGCAGGGACCUUAAAAAGGGACUCAGACAAGGAGAGAAAAAUAAAGGAAGCAGCGGAGAACCUCAGUGAACAGAGGAAGCCAAACCAGAGACGCACAGAAGAGAGAGAAUCGGGCUCUGAACAGGGGGAAGUGGGCAGAGAUUCCACAAGGACUGGUGCAAGGCUGCCAGAUUGAGAAGCACCAAGAUGCUGGGGAGCAGAGCCAUGCUGCUGCUGCUGACAUGCUGGACCACUCAGGGCCGCGCCGUGCCUGAAGGCAGCAGCCCUGCCUGGGCUCGGUGCCAGCAGCUCUCACAGAGACUCUGCACACUGGCCUGGAGUGCACACCCGCCAACGGGACGUGUGGAUCUACCAAGAGAAGUAGGAGAAGAGGAAGAUGAGACGACAAAUGAUGUUCCCCACAUCCAGUGUGAGGACGGCUGUGACCCCCAAGGACUCCGGGACAACAGCCAGUCUUGCUUGCAACGGAUCCACCAGGGCCUGGUUUUUUACGAGAAGCUGCUGGGCUCAGAUAUUUUCACAGGGGAGCCUUCCCUGCUCCCCGAUGGCCCCGUGAGCCAGCUUCACGCCUCUCUACUGGGUCUCAGGCAACUCUUGCAGACUGAGGGGCACCAUUGGGCGCCUGAGCAGACUCCAAGCCUCAGUCCCAGCCAGCCAUGGCAGCGGCUCCUUCUCCGCCCUAAGAUCCUGCGCAGCCUCCAGGCCUUUGUGGCUGUGGCUGCCCGGGUCUUUGCCCAUGGAGCAGCAACCCUGAGCCCGUAAAGCCAAUAGCUUAAGGAUGGCCUCCAGAUCUUCAUGGCUAAGAUGAACCUAUCGGCUGAGGCACCUGUGAGCCAACAAGUGACUCAGUCAUUAAUUCUAAUGGGACCUGCAUGUGUUGAAAACAUUACCAAUACUGGCGGAUUUAUGAUGCGGACCCAGGACAUGUUGAAUAAUUUAUUAGAGGGGAAGGGAAAAUUUGGGAUUAUUUAUUCUAUUGGCAGCAGUUUGAGGGGGAGGAUUAUUUAUUAUAUUUAUACUGACUUAUUUACUUUUUUCAAUAAACUUAUUUAUAUGGAUA